CUUUUAUCUAUAUUUAUUUAAUAAAUCUAAUCAACGAAUUUGAUGGGUUCCAGCAAGUCCGAAUUCCCCACUUUAUGAUGAAUACGAACGCAACUUUUUUAAAUAGAAUUGAUAGAUAUGUUUAACCUUGGUGUUCGGAACAAAUCGAAAAUUUUCAAAUAAUCGCCAAAACAUUUAUCAAUAGUUGCGUUGAAACACGUGAUCAAAUUCAAAUAUUUAUAUUAGAUUAUUAUUGUGUUUGUGUCAGUCUCGCAAAGACACUACGAACCGCCGCAACGAUGAGUCGCCCAAAAAUUUUGAUGUCCAACCCUACAACGCCGCAAAUCGCCUUCGACAUUCUCAGCCAAAAAUGUGAACUAAUUAGAGUUGAACAUGAAACCAAAGAUGAAAUCUUAUCUAAAGUACCUGGAGUUGAUGCCUUAUUUUGGGCUACCAAAAUACCAUUGGACAAAGAUAUAAUUGAAGCUGCAGGUCCACAAAUGAAGACGGUGGGAACAAUGUCUGCAGGCGUCAAUCACAUUGAUUUGGCGGAACUGAAGAAACGCGGUAUUCGUCUAGGAAACACGCCAGAAGUGCUAAAUGACGCAGUUGCUGAUAUAGCUGUACUUUUAGCUCUUGCGGCUUCCAGAAGACUUCAUGAAGGUUUCCUCAAAAUCCAACAAGGACAGUGGAAACCCAACCAGCAGUGGAUGUUAGGUCAGGAUAUUUCUGGGUCAACUGUGGGUAUUAUUGGAUUAGGAGGGAUUGGACAAACCAUACUUAAAAGAUUGAGGCCUUUUGGAGUGUCCAAGUUCUUGUACACAGGUCACAAAGAGAAACCAGAAGGAACCCAACUGGGCGCACAUUUUGUAGACUUAGAUUCGCUGGCCAAUGAAAGUGAUUUUAUAAUUGUCGCUUGUCCUUUGACUGAUGAGACCAGAGGAAUACUUGGAAGAGAUUUUUUCAGUAAGACCAAAAGCAAUGCAGUAUUUGUAAAUAUUGCCAGAGGUGAAAUAGUCGAUCAAGACGCUCUGGUUAAUGCUUUGAAGACAGGCAAGAUUUUUGCAGCUGGUUUGGACGUCAUGACUCCAGAACCUUUACCAACUGAUAGUGAAUUACUUACUCUUCCUAAUGUUGUCCUUCUGCCACAUUUGGGAAGUGCAACUAAAAAAACUAGAGAUGCCAUGGCUGAACUUACCGCUAAUAAUAUUUUGCGAGGAUUGGGAGGAGAAGAAAUGUUUACACCUGUAUUUUAAUUUAAUUAAUAAAAAUUUGUUCCAUUAAAAUAUUUUAUUUUCA